AUGCCUCGAGGUUCCAGCCGUAAGGUCACUGUUGCACCGGCGGCGGAUGCACCCAGUCAUCAAAGCCGUCCGCCUCUUCCCACCUCGCAGAAGGAAGCGUUGAAGGCACAGCGCGCUGCAAAGCAGCAGAAGAUCCACGCGGAACUCGAAGCGUGGUACCAGCAGACUGCGGCGUUGGCGGCCAAAUUAGGAGAAGAGUUCGACCAGUCGCAGUCCCACUUCCUGACCUUGAUGUUCCAGUUUGGGACAAAGGAGGCCGAUAAACGCAAGCCGAAUCUGUACAACGCCUGGCUCCACUGGCGCGCAAACCAGGUGAACGAAGACCUCCCAAGAGGUGAGCGGAAAAAGCUUCGAGACAUUCAACUCGAGCACGGCGAGGAGUAUUACGACCUUACGGAUGCCCAGAAGGAGGAGAUCAAGGCCGACCUCGUCAAGGAGCGGGAUUCGACCUCGGAGGGAGCGUUUCGCUUGACGUCCCGGGGUCGACUGAAGAUAUUGUAUUCAACGCUCAAGAAGAUCGAGAACAUGUACGAGUUCCUCAAGAUCAUGUGCGGCAUUGACGUGAUGUCGCUCAUUGUUCGGAACGACACCUCGUUUCAUUUCAGCCCUAUCUGGUUCUUUACUGAUAAGAGCAUCCCUGGUUACCUCGUCAACAACGUACGCAAGGGUUGGGACUCGGACAGGAUCGCUGCAAUGGUCGAAGCCUUCGUGCUGGCGAAGUGUGACCUCCGGAGCAUGGCGAACACAUCGAAGCUCAAGGCGAAGCGACUGAAAGCUCAAAUCCAAGACAAGAUAACUGAGCUUCUCGUCGCCAUUACGAAGAACCCGAACGUGCACAUGCAUUACAAGAAUUUUGAGCGAGACAUCGUCAUCCGAUAUGGAAUCGACAUCGAAGGCUGGACCCACCCAACGUUCAACAGCCCCUCGAAGCUGAGCACGAGCCUCCCUCCCCUUCAGACCCUCUUCGACGCACUGGAAUCGGGUGCAUGCCGCUUCGUCGACCUCUCCACGGAAGACCUUGCGAAGCGCAAGGCCGAUUAUGCGAGGGAGGUUGCUUCCGGGGAGAUCGCGCCGCGCAAGACUCGCAGCGAUGCGGGUCGCAAGCGCAGAAAGCAGGCCAAGAGGUCUGUUCCUGGAGGACGUGCUGGCGGCGGGGAUGACGGUAGCAGCAGCAGCGAAUCGAGCGACGAGGAGCGCGAGCCUGAGACUGACGGCCCUGCGCGCAAGCGACGCCGUACUGCGACCUCUGGUGCACGCAAGACGGCCCCCAAGAGCUGUGCGAUCGUUGACGAGUCCGACUAG